AUUCGCUCGGCAGGAAUUUCCAUCUCGUCAUCACGACCUACCUCCAAGGUAGACGUAAAAAAAAAAUCGCCCGUAUAGACCUUCAUUUUUUCUCAACUGCUAUUAUAACCGCUGAUGAGGAACUUUAUACUAACUUUCAAGCUUUCUGACCCAACGAAUACAAUUUUAUUGACGAUGGGUGGAAUAUCCAAAUUCGAGCUUCUAAAUAGCUUGCAAAAGUCGAGCUGAUCAUGAUAACAGAGUCGGCCAUCUUUCAGCCGUUCGGAUUGUCCGUCUCUAGACGCUCGUCAAUUAUCUCCUACCGUCGUCGGUGCGCGUCCCGUUAAAUAAAAUUAUUUCUCAUUAAAUUCCUUACAAUAUUUGAGUUUUGUUCUUACAAUAUUUGAGUUUUGUACUUUUGUGUGCUACCGUCGACCGUCAACACCGUUCGCCGUCGCCAUCUCCGGGUGCCAAAUUUCCAAGUCACAACCUACACUCUACAGUGCCGCACAGCCAUUGCCGCGACUGACACAGAUUAAAGACAUUCAUACCUUAAUAUAGAAUUCUCAAUGGAAAAUACGAAUCAAAUACCAGAUUCCAGGAGAUGUAAACCAGACAAAUUGUAUAAAAAAUCAUUAUUUGUAGAUAUAUAUGAAAGAUUGCAAUCCUUAUGGAAUGGUGAGUUUUUUUGUGAUGUUAAACUACAAACGGAUGAUCAAAAAAUAAUAUCCGCACAUAAAGUGAUUUUAUCAGCAGCUAGCCCGUAUUUCCAUGCCAUGUUCACAAAUUUUGCAGAAAGGAAUCAUGAUCUUGUGGCAUUAAGACAGAUAGAUCAUACUGCUUUACUGCUCUUAGUGAACUUUAUUUAUUCUGGAAAAAUCUCGGUCACUGAAGAAAACGUCCUGAUUUUGCUACCGACUGCAGACCUCUUGCAGUUACAAGGAGUAAAAGAUGCUUGUUGUGAUUUUUUACAGUCACAGCUCUGUCCAACAAAUUGUAUCGGUAUUUACACUAUAGCUGACUUACAUAGCUGUACAAAAUUGAAAACAAGCUCAGAAAUAUAUAUUCAUCAACAUUUUUUAGAAGUUGUUGGUGAUAACGAAUUCCUAUCCUUAUCAUUGGAACAAUUAAUUAAGUUGAUAUCCAGUGAUAGACUUCCAGUAUCAUCUGAUGAAAAAGUAUUUGAAAGUGUUAUUAGUUGGGUAAAAUAUGAUUUGGGUUCAAGACAAUGUGUUUUAUCUCAAUUAAUGCAACAUGUGCGGUUACCAUUAACAUCGAAGGAUUACAUAUUAAAAAAAGUAGCUGAAGAACCUCUUAUAAAGAAUUGUUUAAAAUGUUAUCAUUAUGUAUUGGAGGCAUUAAAUACACUCAAAUCAGAAUACCAUAUUCCACAAUGCAUCCAGGAUAAACCCAGACAUGGGGAAAAAGUUAUAUUAGUUGUUGGUGGAAUUCAGUCUGAAUUAAGUUAUAAUUUAGAAUGGUUUGAUACACGAACAUACUCAUGGCAUUUUGGACCAGAAUUGAUUUCAAACUUUAAAAAAAAUAGUCUAGUCUUAAUGAAUGAUAACAUUUUAUUUGUCGUGAAUGGCUAUUCUAGUGGUUAUUCACAACAUUAUCCCAGUCUUUUUAUGCUAGAUUUAUCUUUAGAAUCACUUUGUUGGCAACGAUGUGCGGACAUGUUAGUUGAGCGACAAACAUUUGGAGUUGGUGUAAUAAACGAUAAUAUCUAUGCAGUAGGCGGAUGGAGCUCUACAGAUGGUCAUUGCAGAAGUGCAGAAGUUUAUAACUACAAUACUCAAACAUGGCAUAUGAUAUCAAAUAUGUCUACUACAAGAUCUUCAUGUGCGGUUGGAGUCCUGAAUGAUCUUUUAUACGUGGUAGGAGGUUAUGAUCAAUCACGGCAGGCUUUAGACACUGUUGAAUGUUAUAAUCCCAGUAUUGGUAUGUGGUCACCAGUCGCAAACAUGUGCGAACGUCGCAGUGGUGUUGGUGUAGGAGUUUUAUACGGUGAAUUAUAUGCUGUAGGCGGUGAUGAUGGAUCAAACUUUUUGAGUACUGUUGAAAAAUACAGCCCAAAAACAGGAGUUUGGACUACUAUAGCAUAUCUAAAUUUUCCACGAAAAAAUGCAGAAGUAGUUGCAUUAGAUGGAUUUUUAUAUGUCCUCGGUGGAAUGGACAAAUCUUCUAAUUUGGAUUAUGUAGAAUUUUUAAACCCAGACAACAAUACCUUUACCGUGAUCACAGCAAAAUGGAAUAUUAAGUGGAUUUCACCUGGAGCAGUAGCCAUUAAUAGGCCACAACAUUUUACAACUUGUUAGCAUUCAUGAUUUUUUUCUUUUGUAUAAAUGUUUUCAUAUUAUUGUAUCUUACACUAUAUAUAGGUUGUACAAUUCAUGCAUUUUUUUCUUAUGUAAAUAUUUUCCUAUAUUGUACAAUAAUACCUAUAUUUAUUGUAUUCUUUUUUUAAUCCUAUAACUUUGAAUGUUUCAUUAAAAGGUUCUCGUAUUA